AGCAGGGGAGAGAAAGAGAGAAAGAAAAAAAAGGGGGCUGGUGGAGGAAGAAGAGCGGGGAGUGGGAGAAAACAGGGGGAAUAACACUUCAAGAAAGCAUACAGAGGAGAGGAAGGACAGUACCUGGCGGUGGACAUCCCCUCCUUUCUUCUCUCAGCCUGUCACACCAGAUUGGACUCAGAAGGACCGACACCGCGUCCACCCCAGACCCCAUGGGGUAACAGCAGACGUUUGGAGGAGAGGCUUUUGUUCAGCUACACAGAUGAACAACAGGAAGGAGGACAUGGAGAUCGCCUCUCACUACCGUCAGCUCCUCAGAGAGCUCAAUGAGCAGAGGCAGCACGGCAUCCUCUGCGACGCCUGUGUCAUUGUGGACGGAAAGAUCUUCAAGGCCCAUAAGAACGUCCUCCUGGGCUCCUCGCGCUACUUCAAGACUCUUUACUGCCAGGUUAAAAAGGGGGCAGAGCCUCACCACCAGACUACUGUCACUCACCUGGACAUCGUCACAGCGACAGGCUUCAAAGCCAUCCUGGACUUCAUGUACUCUGCGCACCUCGCCCUCACCAGUAAGAACGUGAUCGAGGUCAUGUCAGCCGCCAGCUACCUGCAGAUGACAGACAUUGUCCAGGCCUGCCACAGCUUCAUCAAGGCCGCGCUGGAUAUCAGCAUCCGCUCCGAGAUGGCUGACGAGCUGGCCGACUUUGAGAUGGGAGCUGUUGCUGCUGCAGGCAUAGGUGGAGGUGGAGGAGGCGGAGGAGGCGUGGGUAUACCAGGAGCAGGGGGUGUUGUGGGAGCGGGCAUAGGAGGAGGAGGAGGAGGAGGAGGAGGCAUAGUGGGCAUGGCUUCUGAAGCCCUGGCCUCCAUCAUGUCAGGUCGCAGCACCUCGCCUUGGCUGGCACGCCGGACCAGCCCAGCCAACUCCUCUGGGGACUCGGCAAUCGCCAGCUGCCACGAGGGAGGCAGCACGUAUGGCAAGGAGGACCAAGAGCCCCCCAAGAGCCACGAAAGCCAGGAGGAAGCCUGCCACGACUCCCAGCCCGCCUGGCCGCACGACUACAGGCCUGUCACAGUCAAAGAGGAACAGGUGUCCCCCGCCUCCUCCUCUCAUCCCCGGGACACUCCCAGGGGGGCAGCCCAGAGCCAGGGGGAACAAGGGGCUGGAGGGGCUGCUGGAGGAGGUGUAGAAGGGCCCUGGCAACCCCUAUCGGGGUCAGGGCGGAGGAAGAACAGGAAGAACAAGGACACAGUCAGACAUAUUACCCAGCAGGCCGAGAGGAACUGGGACAGAGAGCGGGACAGGGAGAGAGACAGGGACAGUAGGCCUGGAUCUCCGCUGCCCUCCAUGCUGGCUGUGGCUGGAUGGAACUACAACGGACAGGAAAUCCCAGGGGCAGACGUGACCGAACCUAACAGCUCAGACAGCCGCGGGGAACGCCUCGACUUCUUCCUCAAACAGGAAGAGGCUCUCACCACAGAGCCCAGCUACCUGGGUCCCAGCGAAUCGGAGGAGGCCGGGGGAGGAGCCGGGGGCGGAGCGAUCUCAUCUGUAGCCAAUCUGAAGGCGGCGCUGAUGAGUAAGAACAGCCUGCUGUCGCUGCGGGCUGAGAUGAUGGGAGAUGAUAACCCCUUGCUGUACGAGUACCUGCCCAAAGGAGGACACUCCCUGUCUUUGAAUGACUUCACGGUGAUCCGUAAAAAGUUCAAGUGCCCCUACUGCAGUUUCUCUGCUAUGCACCAGUGCAUCCUAAAGAGGCACAUGCGCUCCCACACCGGUGAGAGGCCCUACCCCUGUGAAAUCUGCGGCAAGAAGUUCACUAGACGGGAGCACAUGAAGAGGCACACGCUGGUCCACAGCAAAGACAAGAAGUACGUGUGUAAGGUGUGCAGCCGAGUCUUCAUGUCAGCAGCCAGCGUCGGAAUCAAACACGGCUCUCGUCGUCACGGCGUCUGCGCCGACUGCUCUGGCCGGGGCAUGGCCGCGCUGCUGGACCACAACGGGGAGGUGGGCGGGGACAUCUCUCCGGAGGAGGAGCUGUAUCCUGGUGACCGUUUCCAUGAUGACCAGGCAGAGUGCGACGGUGAUGGGGAGGGGGAGGAGGAGAUGAUGGUGGAAGGGGACGGGGAGAUGAUGGGAGAAGGCGAGGAGGAAGGGGGGAAGUGGAAGGACUCAGGGAUGACCGCUGAGGCGCACGGAGCACUGGACAAUGAGAAGGAGGAGAGCGACUCCUCGGCACAGGAGGGGGAGCAGCAGAACGGGAGCGAGAGGGACUUUGCCUGGAUCUCCUAGAAUCUGUCAGGCUCCUGUUGGUGGCUUGUCGGCCAAUCUCUGAAGAUCUCUUGCGAUCUCUCCGGCAGAAUCCUCUGCUCUCUUUACCCAUUCGUCCCACCGCGGGCAGGCCUUCCUUUGAAUGGAAAUGCUGUAGGGUGACGCGCGACAAUGAUCUAAAACCAUCAUGAGUAAACAUGCUCAAAUGCACGCACACACACACACACACACACACACACACACAGACACACACACACACACUUAGGCUAUUCUCAACCUUGACUGCCAUAGUAGAAGAGUGGUCAAGAGGUGGCUCGAGUGCGAGGCUUUUUCUGCUUACCUCCUUUACUUCUGAUGCAGUGUUUUUGUGUUUCUUUUUCCUGAGGGUUCAGGCCAGAGUCCAGUAGUUUUCUACUCUGUCACAACAGGAAUCAACGAGGACGCUGCCAAGGACAUGGCCAAUGCUAGACUGCAACUUUGUAUGUUUGCCAUCACAAUCACCAUGGAAACCAAGGAUCGCUGACAGCGUAGGGAAACAGCCAGGAUCGGGGGGGAGGGGGGGGGCGGUGUCUUGGUCCCACCUCGGCUGCACUGUUUCUGGGGGAAAGUGUCUCUCUACAAGUGAAGGGAGAGUCUAAAUCUAUUGCAAAGCUACGUGUGUCAGAGGAGCGGGCAGCCCGAUGGCACAUUGUUGAUGCAGAGUCCUACUGCCACAGACUUGCACUUUAAUGACAACUGACUCCUAUCAAAGCCCUGAACCCGUGGUUUACAUUUUUGAUCUGAUCUUUACUUACCUAAACAACUCGGUGACCGCACCUACCUUUAAGGAUAUACUUUAUGUCCUCUUGACUGUUAUCACGACAUAGAAAUCACUGAAUCUUUGUGCAGAUUGCUGUUUAUAUAGCCUUUGCCUUUCAGUGGGGUCCUUAAUCUUUUCUUCACUUAAGUUUACCACACGGUUUCUAUCAAUCCAUUCCAACAAAAACUGGAGAUUUGACUAGUGUACAUACGAUUUUUGGGGGGAGCUGAACGGGGGGAGUGAAGUGUAUGUGAGACAGAGAGAGAUUGAAAGAGACUUUUACAGUGUAUGUAAGAGUUCUAACCCUCUUUGUGCACAAAGUGGACAUCACUUUCUGCCUCCCCGUUUGGAAAAUCAACACAAGCACACAAGGGAUCCACAUGACCUACACUAUUAACUCUUUCUGUCUCUCUCGCUGUCUCUGGAGGUGGUGAUGACAGGACCUGGACCUCACACCUAAGGAGGAGCUGCCUUCGUUUGAAAACAGUCCUUUUUUUUUUUUCUUUCUGUUUCUGUCUUGGCCAGCCUUGUAAUUCCAGUUUCUCAACACAGAAUAUGCAGACUCUCUCCACACGGUUUAUCUUUCUUUUUGGUGAUCUGUUUUCCUCCGGCUCCGUAAGGUUAAAAGAAGAGGAUCGAGAUUGUGCUUGAAAUUCUGAGUUUGAUAUUCGUAGAGUGUAAUAUUAAUUUGUUUUGUUUAACAGCUAUUUAUUGAAAAACCUGUUUGUGGAUUCCUGAUUUUGAGAAGUCAUUCCCUCCUCGCGCUCCGUGUGUGUUGGUUAGAACAGGAUGGGUGUUUGUAUGCGAGAAUGUUUGAGUGUCCGGUGUCCAAAAAAAAAAGUCUAUAUUGAUUUCUUAAGAUUAUUUCCAUGUUAUUGACAAUUCAAGUGAGGCAGAUGAGAUGUCUUAUUAUUAUGAUUAUCAGAACUAUGAUUACUGUUGUUGAUGUUACUAUUAUUAAUUAUUAUUAAGUGCUGGAUGCUAAGCUUUAUUGUGUGUUCUUUUUUUGAUAUUUUAUAUCUUGUAUAAGAAAAAAGCUUUUAUACUUUGCCUUGUUGUGGACAGCAAGCCAUGGGGCUUUUAUCAACCUUUUAUUGUGCCAGUUUACGCUUUUUCUGUCGUAUUUGCUUUUUUACCAAGGGGAAAAACAACUUCACUGUCAAACUUCUCUGUUAGAUAUUGAUUGAAACAUAUAUUCAGCACACGCUUUUGCAUCACUAAUGUACACUAAUUGAUUAAUAUCGAACCAAAAACAAUCUAGUACCUUGUAUACAUGAAGUGCUUUUGUUUCACAGUCUGUGUGUGCAGGUGCUUUUGGAUUUAUUGUUGUGGUUAACAGUUUUGUUGUUGGGUUGUUUUUAUUUUUGAACCUGUCACAGUUGUCACAGUUUGAAAAAAGUGCACAUGUUAUGGUAUUAUUGUGAAUAUGAAGGGCUGUGUGAAAGGACCGGCUCGAUUUAGAAGACCGCAUCUUGAAACCAAGCUGAUUUUUUUUUGUUGUUGUUGUUUUUUUCGUUCUGUUUCUUCCUAGUUUCUACUGUCUCACGCCUCGCAUGACACACAAUCAAAAAGAAAUGCUGCAUGCAGGCAAAACGCUCGUAGUGUCGCGUCUACAUGCUGUAUUUCUCUGCCAGUGUUUUACUGGCUUGGCUCUUGGUCAUUUACAUAAAGGGAAAGUGAGCACUGCAGCAGUAACUCUGGGAAACAUUUUGUUGCCAGUGCAGGUUGCACACAUCAGGCCUCUCUGCUACAGGUGCCAUGGACUGCACUUCCCAUUAACCCCCACUGAGGAACUGUCAGUACAAUGCGAUUUGUGAUGCUUUCUUCAUGUCUGGCAACUGUCUUUAUUUUAUUUGUUUUAUUUAUUGUGUUUUUGUUCGACCCAUUUAUCAAAUAGUUGUAAUUUUUUGGGGUGGAAAAAAAAAGAAGAAAGACAAUGGGGUUAGGAUUUUUAUGAAUGUCAGUUGUGGGUGUGGAAGGAGCCCAUGAUCGGUGACAAAUCUCUGUCCUGUGGUGCUGUUAUGGCCACUGAGAGACAUCUGGAUGUAUGUGUGACUCCCCGGCCCUGCGCUCUUCUCACGACCUGUACUGUAUGUCUUCUUCCUCAUACUGGGUUGUACUUCAGGAAAACGUCUGCCAUCAACCCCUCAAUAUGUGCCUCAAUGACAUUUCACCCGUGUGCUUGUGAGAGCGUCUGUUUCCGAGAAGAUGGAUGCGUGUUUGUGUCGAUGGAUAGAGAUUGCUAACACGCGACUGAUCAGAUUAGAGGUGCAAAAUGUUUUUGAGGAUAAAACUUCAAAGAGACAAAUCAUGAUGGGCUACCAGAUUCUCCUUCCCCACCGUGUGUUGAUGACCUUUUGUGCCCUGAUUCUGUGGUCUUAACUGCAUGCCUGUGCUCAUUUUGUCAUACCAAAGCGACGUCUUCGGCAUCUGCACACAACUGUCUCAUUCCACACGAUGCAAAACUGGAACUGUUUGCUCUAUUGCAGAUGAAUAUGGGUAUUCUUAGACGUGUACAAAUUGCAAUCCUCAUUUUAGCCUGUAUAGCUUGAUUCACACGUGCAAAUCAUGAAGCCAUAGAUAUGGGUAUAUCUAUAUUAUACUAUAUUUCAAAAUUGGCGCUUUUUACUUUAGAUUUUGUUCUUCUACUAAGAGUGAUGUGUGUAUACCUUCAUAUAUAUGAAUUUAUAUUACUAUUAUAUAUUAUUUAUUUUCUCUCAAGUUUCAGAGGGUCUUUAAUUUGUAAAAGGUCGCACUUGAAGCUUGAGGUUUGUUUAUUUUCAUUGGGAAUAUUGUUCAAUAUGAUACUGACUUUAUAUUGAUGAUUAUCAUAAACCUGUGUUUGUAACAAAAUGUGUUAAAUAAUCAAAAAAAGCUGUCCUGUUUUUACACCUGUUUUGUUUUGGGCAGAUUGAAGUGCUCUUGUGCAGAUAUUUUUCGGUUGAUAGUACUGAUCACGACAACAUUUUUACAGCCAACCAUGAGCCUCCUGUUUUGAUGUUGGGGCUGGCCCGCCGGCCGUCCAAGCCUCUUUCUAACUUCAUGUUUAGUGGAAGAAUUAGCUUGACUAUUAUUUGCAAAAACCAAUCAGUCUCAAUAAAUUUUGAAAUUGCUGCUGUAAAGA